AUGGCUAAGAGACCCUUAGGAUUAGGUAAACAGAGCAGAGAAAAAAAAAGAAAAGUGGAAAGUGGUGAAAAGAAGAACAAUGAACCUUCCAGAGAAUCCACACCUGUAAGAAGUCAAAUGAGUGUUGAGCUUGAUGAUGAUGCUGAUUUAGAUGACGAGUUGACACAGUUGAAAGGGCUGUGGUCCAAAUAUUUCCACUCUGAUAGGGACGAUGAAUAUGUCUUGAACGGUAUCGUCCACGAAUGUGACAGAUUAUUGCGUCUUUCUGAAGAAGAUAGCGAGAUUAAGAAGACUCUGAACGAUGUCUUUCAUGGUAUAUAUGCUCUGGCUCUAUCUGAAUUGACUAUUUUCAAAGCAGGUGAUGAGGAAGCCACUGAAGAAAAGAGAAGAAAAGAUGUAUCGUCAUUUUUUGAAAGUGCUAUCGAAAGGAUCGAAUUGGGCCUUUCCCAUUUCCCAGAAUCCCAAUUUCUGAAAUUAGUUUUGGCAAAGAUAAUUUUCCAGAGGAUCCCUUUGGAAUAUAUUUCUAAUCUUGAUUUGAAAUCAAAAGAUAAAGAACUCGAUCUUGUUGAACAGCUUGAACAUGGUAAGAAGCAUUUUUUAAUUUAUGAAAACGACAACGAAUUUACGUUUGAAGUUCUACAGAUGGUGAAUGAUUUAUUGGAUAUUGUCGAAAAUUUUGGUCGCGAACAAUCUAUACAAGAGGGCAUAGAUAGUGAUAAUGAAGAGGAAGAGGAACUGGUUGAUAUUGAAUUGGAACCAGAACAUCCUGUCUAUCCCCUACAGAAGUCGCUAGAAGAUAAUUACGAGUGGCUAAGAAAUCAUUUUGAUAAGUUGCUCGACAGCACUAACACAGAUAUGAAAAUAUAUCCAUCAAUAGCAAACACUUUAGGUGAAUUAUACUUAAAGAAAGCUGAAGAACCAAGUAAAAUUUUCUUAAGCCUACAGUAUGACGAUGACGGUUCCAAAAAAGUUAGCGACAAAGAAGCCAAGAACGCUCAAAAAACCGCAUUGAAGCACACAAAAAAAGCUUUGGAGUACUUGGAAAAGGCCAAACUGGAGGAUGAUCCAGACACCUGGGUUCAAGUCGCCGAAGCGUAUAUUGAUCUAGGUAACCUGCUUGACAAUGAAACUGCCGAACAAGAAGAUGCUUACAAAACCGCCGAAGAGAUCUUAGGCAAAGCCAACAAGGCCUCCCAUGGUAAAUUCCAGGAUGUCCUCGACAAUUUCUUACAAAGUUGA